UUCAGUUUUCUCACCUGCAACUACAAACCCCGCCGAGAGAUUCAGAAAAGCCAGCCGCGUGAGAACUGGGAACAGACAACAGAUAGGAGAGUGCCCUCUCGAGCUAUCCCCCCUACAACUACAUGCUGUGCGGCUGUGCGGCCGCGUUCUAGCCUGGUAGCUUCUUCCAUCUCUCACAAAUAUCACCCAGAACUGCGAAGCGAGUGAGCUCUUUCUCUCUCACACGCAAACACACAUUACCUGCUUGCUUAGCUCUCUCACUCACCGUCUCGCUCACAUUGCCUGGUGCUCGCUCAUGGGCGUUUGCCGCGGCUUGUGAGGGACGCGGAAGACGAGCGACUCCUCCUGCUGCUCCGGUUCUUGCAUGGCAGGAUCUCGAUGGACUAGAAGACCGAGCGCCGCGCUGUUGCUGCUCCUCUGCGCUCUCCUCUGCGCCGUCCUCCUCUUCGUGCCGGCGGCUCGCCGGGGAGAGGAUACGGAGAGGUUUCCCGUCGCGGCGGCGUCGUCGUCGUCGUGGGGCGCCGGCGGGCGCCGCGCUCUCCCGCAGCCGGCCGCGGUGAGGUCGAGGCGGUUCCGGGCGCGGGGGCGGUGGAACUCGGCGGGGCUCGGCGACAGCAAGCAUGAGGUUCCGAGUGGCCCCAAUCCGGACUCCAAUAGCCGCGGCAGAGGAGGUAGUAUACGAGGUGGUUGCAGAGCCACAGUGGCAAGCCCCGCAGCAGGAGGAUCGUGUGGAGUCAGCCCAAGACCCAACUCACCCAGUACUGAGCAGCAGACAUCAUCCGGAUGUUGACUUCUGCCCCUGCUAUGUCAAGUUCUCCCGCUGAGAUGCAGAGGGGUGGGAAGUGGUGGAGCGAGACCCCUAGGCUAGACAGUUGUCGGGUUGCACAUCUGUGGGCAGGGUGUGCCCCCGGUCAGUUUUGUUGGGACCGGUCUGUGUGACCGGUCUCACCGGUGGUGUGGACCAGGCAGUGGCAACCGGAUUGACCAGUUGAAGGAACCGGUCUGACCGGUUGGGUGCAGGCAGGAUAGGGUGGAGUAAAGUUUAUGCGUAGAAUUUGUUCCUUUGAACAUUGGCUACUCUUGUAAUGUUUUGUAAAAUUAUUUCGUUUAUGUAACCUUUAUGUAUAUUUGGAACUCGGCUUAUAAAAUAAGUGUUUCAUAUUGUUUUCA